AUGUCUGGAUGGGCCCAACCGGGUGGGUUUAAUCCCAAUGCGAAUGCCUACAACCCACAAGGUCAGCAGGGCUACUACCCACCCCAGCAGCAGCAGCAGCAGCAGGGCGGUGGCGGCUACAGUGGUUAUGCUGGUGGCUACUAUCCACCACAACAACAACCCCAACGGGGGGGCUAUGGCGGCUACUCCGGUGGCUACUAUCCACCCCAGCAGCAGCAGCAGCAGCAGCAGCAGCCACCACAGCAGCCAUUACAGCCACAAGGUGAAUACUCCAGUGGGUAUGCCUCUCCAACCUCAGUGGAUAAUACUACAGGCACGGCUCCACAGAGGCAACAGGAAAAAACAAAGGUCGCUGAAGUGGAUUUGGGAAAACUUUCACUUGGUGGUGGCACUUCGGAACCCGUGGUAAUGCCCAAAAAGGGGAAGGGUGGCAUGCUGUCUCUCGGAAAAAAAAAGACUGAGGAGGCCAAACCAAAAAAUGAGAACACCAAGGCAGAAGAGGAGAGCAAAGAGGGAUCCUCUGCCGCGGCGAAAACGUCUGACGAUAAAAAGGAAGGCGUGACCUCGAUCUCUAAGAUGUCUCCAGAGGAGCUGCGCGAAUACGUGAAGAAGGAGAUAGCAAAACAACGUGAAAGUAAUAAAAAGGACUUUGUUCGCGAUCCACGUCCGCAUUUUAACAUUGUAUUCUGUGGGCACGUGGAUGCUGGUAAGUCCACCAUUUCCGGCCACCUGCUCAUGGAGAAGGGUUUGGUAGAUCAGCGUGAGAUGGACAAGCUGCGCCGGGAAGCCGAGGUAUACCACCGCGAGGGUUGGGAAUACGCCUACGUUAUGGAUGUCUCGGAGGAGGAGCGGUCAAAAGGUAUCACCCGCGAGACAGGUGCGGCCUACAUUGAGACAGAAAAACGUCGUGUGACGAUUCUCGACGCCCCAGGACAUAAGGCUUUUGUGCCAUCUAUGAUUGGUGGAGCGACACAGGCAGACAUUUGUGUGCUUGUCAUUUCCAGUCGUAAAGGUGAAUUUGAGACGGGAUUUGAGAAGGGCGGUCAGACACGGGAGCAUGCGAUGCUAGUGCGCACGUGUGGUGUAAAGCAAAUGAUCUGCGUCAUCAACAAGAUGGAUGAGUGUGGGUGGGACAAGGGUCGAUAUGAUGAGAUUGUGGGAAAACUGAAACCCUUCCUUCGACAAAACGGCUACGAUGAGGAAAGAGGAAAAAAUCUUUGCUUUAUUCCCAUUGCCGGUCUUUCCGGGGAAAACCUUAUUCAUCGUUCCGCGGACGACAUAUGCCCAUGGUAUAAGGGGCCCACAAUGAUGGACUUCAUUGAUAAUCUCGUGUUGCCAGAGACAAAAAGUGAGAACGACGUGCUUUGCAUUCCCUUAGUUGGUUACUAUAAGGAUGAUGGGCGUAUAUUCAUCUACGGAAAGGUGGAGUCUGGUUCCAUCGCAGUUGGCGAAAAGCUUCAAAUCCUCCCAACCAAGUUGGAGGCAUUUGUCGAGGGCAUUUCCAUUGAAUCGACAGAGUUUGAAAAGUGUUAUCCCGGCGACAAUGUACACCUGCGGAUGCGUGGUCUGGAUGAGGGCGACAUUCACGCAGGCUAUGUGGCCACGUCCAUCCCAACCUCGCUUCGCGCUGUGGAGUAUUUUCAGGCUCGUGUGGUGAUUCUCGACGUUAAGAAUAUCAUUUGCGCCGGCUCACGUGUCAUGCUACAUGCGCAUGCCGCCCAAGAGGAGGCGUGUUUCCAUAAGCUGCUGGCAAAAGUUGACAAAAAGACAGGUGGGGUGUUGGAAAAGGAGCCCACCCACGCAAAGGCUGGCGAUGUGGUGAUUGCACGUAUGGAGUUGGAACGUUCUGUGGUAUUAGAGCCUCAUAAGGAGUUUGAUAAAAUGGGACGAUUUAUGCUGCGCGACGACGGAAAAACUAUCGCUAUUGGUCUUGUCAUGAAACUUUACGAAUCUACCAAGGAGUCACUCGUCAAAUCUGGCAAGUCGUAA